AUGGUUCCAGCAGCAGCUCAUCCUGCCGUUACUCUCGAAAGCGAGGACCAUGCCCGAGAUGCUGCCUUCAAUAAGGCACUUCACGGUAGAUCUUCGCAAGCGCGUGGAGGCCUCGCAGCUAUGAGGCAGAAGGACCAUACUGCUCAAAAGACUGCAGUCGAUGAGUACUUCAAACACUGGGACAAUAAGGUCGCUGCUGAGGAGACAGACGAGAUUAGAAAGGCACGCAGAGACGAAUACGCUACUCUGACCCGACACUACUAUAACCUCGCCACCGACCUAUACGAGCAUGGUUGGGGCACUUCCUUCCACUUCUGUCGCUUUGCAUACGGAGAAUCGUUCGACAAGGCUAUAGCGCGACACGAACACUAUCUUGCUAUGAAGAUGAACUUACAAGAAAACUCCAGAGUUCUCGAUGUGGGCUGCGGUAUCGGGUGUAACGUGGUUGGAUUAAAUAACAACGACUACCAGAUCGAGCGAUCGCUCCUCUAUGCACAGAGAGAAGGUAUUGCCAAUAAAUUCAGUGCAGUCAAGGGUGAUUUCAUGCAGAUCUCGUUCCCCGAGAACAGCUUUGAUGCCGUGUACGCCAUCGAGGCUACGGUGCAUGCUCCGAGUUUACAGGGAGUUUAUGAGCAGAUCUUCCGCGUUCUUAAGCCCGGUGGUGUAUUCGGCGUAUACGAGUGGCUUAUGACCGAGGACUAUGACAACGACAACCCCGAGCAUCGCAAGAUCCGAUUAGGCAUCGAGCAAGGAGAUGGCAUUUCCAAUAUGGUCAAGGUAUCUGAGGGACUGGCGGCCAUCAAGGCCGCUGGAUUUAAGCUUGAGAUUCACGAAGAUCUCGCCGAGCGACCGGAUACGACGCCUUGGUACUACCCUCUCGCAGGGGAAUUCCGGUAUAUGGGCGGUCUCGGGGACCUUUUCACCAUCGGGCGAAUGACUUGGUGGGGGCGAGGAUUGAUGCACAAGUUCUUCGGCUUGGGAGAGUCGCUGAGACUGAUGCCGCGAGGCACGCAAAAGACGGCCGAUUCCCUAGCCCUGGCAGGAGAUUGCCUGGUAGCUGGUGGACAGAAGAAGCUGUUUACACCGAUGUAUUUGAUAGUUGCUCGAAAGCCAGCUCAAUAA